AUUUUCCAUUGGUUUACAUUUCGGGCCACCGAGUUGGGCUGCUUUGAUAUUAUAUUUACUAUGAACAGGUAAUGAAACCUUUCGUUAAGACAUCGAAAGUAACAUUUUGAAAAUAAAUUGUGCUACGCCAAGUGCAGCUCGAGUAUCAGAAAUCAGUGGAAAAAAAAGAAACUACGCAGGUUUUGUGCUGUUACCAAAAAAUCAAUAAGCGUGUAAAAUUUGUAAACACGCCAAGCCCCCGUAACGCGCAGCUCCAGUCGAGCCCCCCGCCCACUCACACACACACACACACACACACACACACACAGAGAGAGCGUCAGUGAGCUGUGUCCGGGCAAUUAGCCAAGAGGCUAACCACAAGUCAGCUGCAAAAUGUUGUUUAAGCUGUUGCCGCUCCAGCUGCUCCAUCUGCUCCAGCUGCCGCUGCUCCUCAUGGCAGCUGCCGGGCAGCCGGAGUACGCGGCCAGCGCCAGCGCCACGCAUCGCCUGGCCAAGCGCAUGGACCUGGAAGUUUGCAUAGGCCACUUCGACGUGCACAAGAACACAAUCAUUCGCACGGGCGAGUCCCAGGCGAUUGGCGGCAAGUAUCUCCAGGGCCUGGAGCUGGACACGCUGGAGGAGUGCGAGCGUCUGUGCUGCGAGACGGAUGCCUGCGAUGUGUACAUCUUUGAGCGCAAGUCGGGCGGCUAUUGCUACCUAUUCGAGUGCGGUCCGCCCGAGAAUUUCCACUGCAAGUUCACGCGGCAUGCGAACUACACGAGCGCCGUGCUGACCCCGCAGGUGCGCAGCUCCAUGGAGCUGGCUAGCACGCCGCGUCCCCAGCUGCCGCACAUACCCAGCAACAAUAUCUCGCAGCAGGAGUGGGAGCUGAGCAACCUGAAGCUCAAGCCGGAAGCGCAGCGCGACAAGCCCACCAUUGCGAUCAUACCCACAGCGGGUAACUCUCAGUCUGUGGGCGUGGCGCAGGCCGCACUGGCAGCAGCAGCAGCGGCUGCACCUCAAAGCGUGCCCGCCCCCCACUGCGGCCGCUUUCAGUUCAGCUGCCACUCGGGCGAGUGCAUUGCCGUUUACAAUGCCUGCGACGGCAUUCCCCAGUGCGAGGAUGGCAGCGACGAGGGACCGGAAUGCAAUGCCGUUGUCACAAAGCUCAGCAGCAACAACAACAACAACAACAAUCUGGAGCAAUAUCAGCCAGUGCCGCCCAUACAACAACAAUUGCAGACAGCACAGCAGCAACAGCAGCAGCAACAACAACAUGUUAUAGUGCUCGGUCCCCCACCGCCACCACCACCUCCACCGCCCAUGGUUAACAAUCGAGAGGAUGCCUCCGCCUGGGCUAAUCGCAAGCUAAUUACCGAGACACAGCAGCAGCAGCAACAACAACAACAACAAAAGCAACAUCAGCAACCGCAAAAGAUUGUGAAUAUGGAUGAACAGCUGAACAGUCACAUCUUCAGUCAUAAAGGCGGCCUCCAACUCCAGCAGCAGCAGCAGCAGCAGCAGCAGCCGUCGACAAAUAGUCAGGGGCAGGUUCAGGGCCAGCCACCCCCACCUGCACCGCUGGCACCACAGUCGCCACAGUCGCCGCCACAGCUGCAGUUGCCAUCGUAUAAUACUAAUAACAAUGCAGCGCCCGCUGGUGGCGCUUUGUAUGGCAUGUCGCUGCCACGCACAGGAAUUUAUCUGCAACAACAGCAACAGCAGCAGCAGCAGCCGAUGCCGCAGCAGCAACAGUCUCAGCAAGUUGUUAACUGGCCACAAGUUGCGGCGCCGCCAGCUCAAAUUGCUGUGCAGCAGCCGCAACAACAGAGCCACGCCUACAUAACUGCUGCAGCAGUACCAGCACCAGCACCAGCAGCAGCUGCACCACCACCAGCUCCACCAGCACCACCAGUCCAGCCAGCACAGUCAGCUCAGCCAGCGCCAGCGGCAGCACAGUCGCCUCAGCAAGCCAUGUUGCCAGUGUUGAAUGCAGCGCCCACUCAUGACAAGAAUCAGGCAGCUGACGAGGAUUACGAUGACUACGAGGAGGAUAAGUCUACAGAGCCGCCCAAGAAGAAGCAGCACAAGCACAAGAAGGUCAAGGGCAAGACGGCCAAGGAUCCCAUUGAGCUGGCGCUGGAGCAGAACAAGCAGCAGCAGCAACAGUUGCCGGCGCCCGUUGGCCCCGUGCACGAGCAAUACAAGCUAAUACACGAGAAUCUGGCGCUGGAAUUCCGAGAUCACGACGGUCAUUCCGAGCGCCCCGGCGGUGCGGUGCUCUCCCUAACAUUGGGUCUGCUCGUCACUGCGGCGCUCUCCAUUCUGAUUGGCUGUCGAAUGCGCACAGUGGGGCGACGAGCUCGUCGCAUGGGCGGCAAGACCCCCUACUCCCAGGAGGCUGACUUCCUCGUCAAUGGGAUGUAUCUAUAAUGCGGGGUAUCUGUCGUAGUUUACCACAUCAACAUACAUACAUACAUAUAUAUAUAUACCGAUUUCUGUGCCAGUCUCGUUAGGGUUGGGGGUUUUCGGUCUCAGAUGCGCAGCUGGCGUCAGGCAGUCUGAUGCCAUAUGAACCGAAGUUAGUUAAUUGAAUUGAAUGUCGAACAUAUUUUAU